AUGGUAUGCUCUGUUUUUCCAACAGGCGAUAACUUUUGUAAUUUCUGUGUCAAUAGAUAUGUUGAUUUAUUGUUGGGAGAAUUUAAGCAAUACAAAACAAGGUUUGCUCACGGAGGCAUUCGAGAAGAGGUUCAAGACCUCCUCUUAGAAUAUGGACUUGAAAAUGUUGCUGAAACUCUGAUCGAGGGUCUAUCAAGGGUGAGGAGAUGUACUGAUGAGGGAAGGGCUCUCAUGUCGCUGAAUCUUCAGGAAUACAGUAAAAAUCAAAUAGUUGGGCUGAUCAACCUUGUUGCAACAAUGAAAGCAAAGUGGGCAAAUGCAUUCGAUGAGUUGGCAAAGUAUUGUCUAGAAGCGCUGCGGUUCGUUGAUCAACGUCUGCCAACGGACGAUCAGAUCUAUCUGCUUUUUGAAACGCAGUAG